UGAAAAAGAUGGCGUAGCAAAGUAUUGUUGUGUUUUUACAUUUUGUAUAAUGUUGUUUUAUUAAACGCAAAUCCAUAUGAUUGAAGCAAUUUAUGACUUAAUCUAAGUAUUUCUCAUGUUUUUGUGCUUAGUAUAUUUGUAUUAGUUAAGGCACAAAUCGCCUAAUUUCGGUUGUGGCUUUGUUCUAUGCGUAUGUAAAAGAUAAAUUAUUUUGGAUUAUUUUAAAGUAUGGCUAUGAGUAUAAUGAGUUCAUCCAAUGAGUUUAAGUGGUUGGAGGGUUCCGUGAAGUACAAGGAAGCCCGAAGUCAUUCCGUUCAAGGCAUCCCGAGCAAAAUACUGAGUCCUGCCAUGAAAAUACCGUUGCCACCUCGUUUAUGGAUUACAGAUAUAGAAGACGAGUCAUCAGACGAGAUGUGUGCCAGUGUAAGAGAUGAUGGUUCAGUGCCCGUGGAGAAGCCGAGGGUCAGAUCACGGUACCGUCACCAUAAACAACGUGCAAAUACAUCAGUACCUUUGGGGAUAUUUUGGGAUAUAGAAAACUGUCAGGUACCCCGCGGCUGUUCAGCAAUAGACGUGGUUGCAGCAAUCCGAGCUAAGUUCCUCACAGGGAGGAGGGAGGCGGAGUUUGUUGUUGUGUGUGAUGUGAGGAAGGAGACGCCGCUCAGACUACAUGAACUCAAUGAUGCUCAAGUUAAUUUAAUUCAUGUGUGUGGAACACAAAAGAAUGCAGCUGACGAGAAGUUGAGGCAAUGUAUGAGGAGGUUCGGGGAGCUCCACACUGCCCCGGCUGCCUUGCUUCUGAUCUCAGGGGACAUUAACUUUGCUGCUGAUCUCAGUGAUUUAAGACAUAGGAAAAACAUGGAAGUGAUAUUGGUGCAUAAACAGAACACCUCAUCUGCCUUAAUUGCGUGUGCCUCCAAUCAUUAUGAUUAUAAUGAACUGAUAGCACAUGUACCGAGGAACCCUAAGGUAAGCCAAACAGAAGAGGAGGUGGUGCCGACGUGCGAGAUGGAGGUGAUCAACUUGCCGAUAGACCAGCCUCCGGAGCGCGUGUCGCGGCGUCUGCGGCGACUGUCGGACAACUGCGGCGGCAGGGUGCUCCGCGUCACCGCCUCCACUGCGGUGAUGCGCUUCCCUACACCCGACCACGCGUCUAGAGCUUUAAAACGUAUGGACGGCGAGGAUGUGUUCGGGCGCAAGAUCGGCACCAGGUUCGCGCGAAGCACGACCCAGCCGACCUACUCCAGCGACGAGGGCUACAGCACGGCGCCGGUACAGCGCCCGCCGCCGGAGGUGUUCGUGCCUCUGCAGGUGCAGCAGUCGUUAGCCAAUCCGUCCGUGAACCGAGUGAGGAGUCUGUCUACCGAGUGGGCCACGGCGCUGCAACAACUGCCCGCGAUCGCUCCUUCUCUGAACCAUGGCCCGGCGGUGGGGGUACCGCGCCAGAUCCGUGGCACUCAUGGUUCAAGAGUGGAUGUCUCGGGGUGUUCAUCGAGCAACAGUGGCGACGACAGCCGCAGAGAGUUGAACCAGAGCCGAGCCGGCUCGCCGUGGAACUCGUCCGUCAGCUUCAGCGAGCAGAGCGAGGGCGAGCAGGACACGCCCGCCGAGCUCACCGUCACCAACUUGCCGGCCAUGGACCCGCGCGUUCUGCAGGAUAUGCUGGUGAAGCUUUUCAGUCAGUAUGUAACAGUCAACCAAGUGUCCAUAUGGGCUGCCGGCGACGGGCCUCUGGCGACGGUGCAGUUGCGAUCCGAAUGGGACGCUCGCCUUGUGAUUGCGCGUCUGCACAAACGGCGGUUGGAUAACACUUGGGGACGAUUGAGACUCGAAUUAACUCUUGGCAGACCAUCCCCCAUACUAAACCUCGACGUUCUACGCACACGCCUCCGUGCUAUACUACUCGAUCAAGCGAAUCACUCGUUGCCCCUACUAAGGUUACGCGACGCGUACGCAAGUCGAUAUUGCUGCGCGUUAACUACCUCCGAUUUGCAGAAAGUGAAGGACACGGUGACUAUACAAGAGGGGUUAGGUCGGACGGUCCAGUUGCUGGAUCUCAAUCCGAUGUCGAACUUGGACACCGAGGACGCUCCGUGGAAGUGUAAUAUCCACGCGGUGAUGAGCACCGGCCAUGAGGACGGUAGUAAGAUUUUGAUGCCUGUGUACAUGGAGUUGGAGGUGCUGGCGAAGCAUAUUCAAAUGCUGCUGGACUGUCAUGGCGGGAUCGUGCCGCUGUUGAGUUUCGUGGAAUGCUACGAGGCGAUGUUCCCGCAGCUGCUGGCCAACUACCGCUACGGAGUGGCCCUGGAACUGCUCAUUCGCAGCAUACCUGCCGUGCAGGUGAAGGACAGCCCCUCGCGCCACAUCACCUGGUGCCCGCCGAGGGUGGAGUCACCGCCGACCUAUAGCUUCCAGAGCGAGUCAUCACGAUCAAGCGGCGAACGCGAGCGUCCCCGUACUGCGCCCGUGCUGGAGCCCAUGCUGGCGCUGUUCGAGAGGGAGCUGAUCGACUUGCUGCGCACCACGCCGCGCUGCUGCAUCUCCUUCAGCAAACUUAUACCCGCAUUUCACCACCAUUUCGGCCGGCAGUGCCGAGUUGCCGACUAUGGCUUUACUAAGUUGCCCGAUCUACUUGCCGCUCUUAGCAACACAAUCGUAGUGCUCGGAUCUGGAUCGCAUCGUGUGAUAACAAUAUCAGCGGCGGCGCAAAGCAAACGUUGGACGUCAGAUCUGAUUAAAAUAAUAAAAUCCCAACCCGGCAAUGUUAUCAGAAUCCACGACAUACCAGAGAUUUACCAAACCACCAUUGGAAGACCUUUCAACUCCGUCGAUUAUGGAGUCUGCACUGUGAAGGAACUCAUGAAGAAAGUCUCCCGGGACAGUGUAACGUUCGCCGCUGAUGGCUCUAUAACACUCCCCCGUUCACCAGUUGCAAUCCGUGAUGACGUAGCACUCUUCGGAGUGGAAGCCGUAGGACUUCUCUGCUGCACACCCAAUUUGAGGAUGCCGUUCUCCCGCUUCGUGCCGGCCUACCACGCGCACUACUCCAAACAGUUGAAAGUCUCCAACUUUGGCUGCCAAAAAUUGCUAGAGCUGUUUGAAAUGAUACCCGACUCGGUGACGGUGUACUGCGACAAGUCGGGCGAUCGUAUUGUGCGUGUUGCUCCUUCGGCCGCUCGAUUGGAAAUGGCUAAACGUGUGAAGAAGUUGGUGCCAGUUGAGCUUUCAGCGCUGCCGUCUGCUUACGCGGUGCAGUAUGGAGCGCUGCCGCUUCCGGAUACGUUGGACGUGUUGACGCUUGAAGCGCUUGUCCUCGCUUCGGGGGGUGUUAUUGAAAGCGGGGUUGUGUACGCAGCGGAUGAUACGACCAGAUGGGCCAGUGCUGCGUUGGCUGCUUGUGCGGUUUUGUCUUCUGACCGUAGUGUUGCUCGGGGGUCCAUGUUGGAAUACUUCGUGUCAGCAUUCCAUAGUUUAUAUGGGUCAGAGCCUAAUGUGAUGUUGCUGGGUAACCUCGGGGUGUUGGAGACCUUGGGUUGCCACGUGCGUUUGGCUGCCAACUGGCGUACAGUGUGGCGGGUGGCGCAGAUCAUCGCCGAUCGUUCUGCGCUGGCUGGGACGGAGAUUUACAUGGAGUUCUUGAAUCGCUACGGUCCAUCGUUCCCCAACUGUGAAUUGGAAGGUGCUCAAUCAGUGGCGAACUUCCUCCGUCGCUACAGCUCGGUGUUCAGCGAGGAGAACGGUCAGUGGAAGCUGGCGCCGGGGGUGCAGAUGCCGGCCAAGAGAGACGUGGCGCCGCUGAAGCUCUCCCUCGAGGAUUACUCCGUGUACGACACGCCGCCCGGACAGAAGGGUUCUCGCGUAUUUGAGUCGCCAAAGAGAAAUAUUCUGUGUGCUCCGCCUGCGAGCUCUUUGCCAGCUCCUACCGGACUGCUCAACCAAGAUAAUAAACGUCGCACACGAUUGGCCGCACAAUUCGACGCGGCAUAAGAAACCCACCAAUCAACAAAGCAUUCCAGCAAGCUACAAUGUAUAUGAAAUUGCAUGUGUUCCAUUUCCAAAGUUGUCCAACAAACCAAAAAAAAAAAAAAAUGGAGUAAAGCCGCAACGAAUUCUAUUUAAAUGUCCUUUAAUAUGUGAUGUUUAUAACAAUAAUGUUUUAGAACGUGUAUAUUUUUGUGUGUUUUAUUGAUUAGACGUAAGAGAAACGUUUUGCUUUCGUGAAAUGUUAUCAAGUGCGGAAAAAAAAAUAACUAUGUUCCAUUGAAUUAAAAUACAGGUCAAUCGAAGUUCAACCUUAAGUUAAUACAUUUAGAGUCUAUAUUGGCAUCGACGUAUGAUUAAGUCAAUUAUGUUUUGUUCACUUUAAAUACAGGUCAAUCGAAGUUCAAUCUUAAGUUAAUACUUGUAGAGUCUUUUUUUCUUUUAUCCAUCGACGUAUAAUUAAGUAAGGACCCUUUAUUUUAGUUAAGUUAUAAUUUUUACGGACUCGCUAAGCUACUUAAAUACCAAUUGUUGUACUUUACUUUUUUAUAUCUUGGAGGUUGGUUAAAAUUUACGACUGUGUCUCUUACCUAGAUUCUAUCCAAUCUUUGUUUUAUCUCUUGACUAUUAGUUUAAUUUAGUAUGUAUAUAAUUUUAUUAUUUAAGAAUCCCUUUCAACUAAAGUUCAAUAUCUAUUUAGACUGUAUGAUAGAAAUAUAAUAAUUUAUAGCACAUAAAUAUUUUAUUUUAUAUUGCUAUAAAGAGAAAUAUUAUUUUUAUGUACUUGCGGAACGGCUCCUAUUUUUUUUUAUUAAGUUGGUUUUUUUUAUAGUUUUAAUAUUAAAUUAUGGUCAGUCAAUGACUUCCACACUACAUAUCAGAAUCGCAGCGCGCUUAUAACAUUUUUCGAAUGCUCACAAAAGUACAAUAAUAAUUGUAAUAAUAAUUAAAUGUUAUUUUUUAUUAGAACUUUAUCCUUCGAUGUUUGAUGAUCUCCACUGAUUGUUCAGCCGGCAUAAAAUAUUAUAAUAAUUGGGACCUGCUAAGAUGUUAUGAUUAAUUUUGUGUUCGGUUAACUUAUUUCGCAUUUAAUAUACAUAUUUGAUGCUGACUGUACUAAAGCCGGGUAUACACUAAGCCUGCAAAGGAGUGCGCUGUGUUGUUGAAGAGUUGCGCUGUCCAAUCACAGCACAGGGUUGAGACGUCGCAACAACAACAACUUCAUAUCGAAAUAUCGAAAUGUUGAUAUGCUCAGAUGGCGACAUUGUGUUGUGCAACUGUCCAAAUUGAGAAUGUGCUGUUCAACAGUACGGGUUGACACAUUGAGCUGUUCGGGUUGAAAUGUUGUGUAACUGCUCAGGUUGAGAUUAUUUUCUGUUUAAAAGCUCAAGAUCUCAAUUGAGCCGUAAAAAUAUAGCGAAGAUACGUACAUUUAUUUCUAUUUCAUAAGGAUAUAGUAUCGAUAUGAUCUACGAUGUGUAUAAAUAAAUAAACACGACUGUAAAAUUUAAUAUGAUUCGCAGAAAUAAUAUGAAUUUUACUCGAUCGUGAUUGGAGGACACCUCCGCUCGCGGUAUGAUUUGUUUCGCGAUUGGUGGACGGUGGCCUUUAUAUAAUAGUGUUUUAAUGGAUACUUGAAAUGAUAUCGUCUAUUUAUAUACAUCGUUGGCUGAGCUCAUUUGCGGUGCAGUGUAUACCCAGCUUAAUAAUAUUAAGUAUACGUUAUAUAUGUAGAAUAUGGCUUCAUGUGACUAGUUUUUUUUUAUUUGUAGUUUGCACUAGGAAUCUAUUGAGUGUCACAGUUUCGAAUUUAUUAUUUUUUAGACGGAACUUUAUUUUAGAUUUGUGUUAUAUUUUCAUGAAUUUAAGAUUUAUAAAAUGAUAAUAAAUGAGAAUUCUUACGACUAUCCAUCUUGAAACAAUGUAAGAGUCAAUUAUUAUUAUAAAUAUUCAAAUGAUUUAUAAAGGUAUUAUAGUUAUAUCGCUUUGUGGAAUAUUAUUAUGCUUGUGCCUGAAGUGAAGUGCAAUGAUUGAUUUCUUUUUUUUUUAAUUUAAUUUAACACUGACAACAUUUGAUGUGUCGUCAAAAUUGGUCGUUCCACAUUAUUAACCUAAUACAUGAUUAUCACAGAGUAACCAGAGUGAGUCUUUACAAACAACGUACUGAAGCCGAUGAAACCCAUUAAAAAAAAAACGUCACGCGUCUCCUUGACAACCGCAUAUACAAACUUUGUUCAUAAUUUGUAUUUCAAAAUUUAACACUAACAACAAUUACGUAAAUUAAUAUAAUAAUCAAUAAUUACCUAUAAAAAAUACUCCAUCUUAUUUCUUUAGUCUUUGUAAACAGUUUAUAAAAUAUUUAAAAACACAAGCCAUUCGCCAUUUUUCUUGAAUAAUAUUGAAAGUUACUGAUGCGACGGUUCGUGUCGUACUGACUCGAGAAUGUAUUUUGUAUUUGGAGCGGCUACGACACCGUCGUGUUCCGUACGCUCCAUCUGUAUAUUAUUGAUUAAUCUGUGAUGAUUAUAUUAUUGAAACUAUUUUUGUAACGAGUUGUAACAUACUUUUAGGAUAAAUUGAUACACAUUUUUUUUUUAUAGAUAAUUUUGCGACGGUGGAUCUAAAAUUUGUUACAAACGACCGCCGUUGCAUUUUAUUUUAAGUAGUAGGUACUACUGUAGUCUUAUUUUCAUUUAAGUAGAUGGAAGGUCAACAAUUAACUGAAGUAUUAUAAAUAAAUAAAUGAUUUAUUGAGCAAAAAAAAAACAUAUUUCAUACAAAUAUAGGUUGAAGUUAUGUACCGUUUAGGACCGCUUCACACUAGCUUGGGCGUUAGUCAAACGUAUAACGCAGACGCAAAAGCGACGUAUACGUCUUUUUGCACUUUAUUCAGGCGAUCAUCUCACUCGUAGUAGUCGAUUCGAUAAAUAAGCGAUCAAGCCUCAAUAGCUUAACGGUAAGAGCGGUUGGACUCAUUACCGUGAGGUGGUGGUUCAAUCCCCGCUCCGAUGGUCUAUUGUGGUACCCACUCCUAGCAUUCUUUCCGACUGGUAGGAGGUUAAUGGGAAUGUUUGUCGUAUUAAAAAAAAAGAUAUGGCAAAUAUUCCUUUAAAAAAAAAAGAAAAAUAACCUAACACUAGCGACAAUCAACGAAUUAGCAGUCGUAAUGUCGCUGCGUCUACGUUCGCAAAAGUUCGGCAAAUGUCUAAGCUAACAAAAUAUUCAAGUGUGAAGAGGCUUUUACACUUAACGAAAACGAAAACCAAUUACGAAAUCGUAAAUCGAAAUUCGAAAGAACCAAUACGACUUUACUAAAAAUUACGAAAAUAACAUUCGAAAAAAAAAUGCUUAAAGUAAAAUAUGUCUUAAGAAUAGAAAAUCAAAUGACUGGCUUAUAGUGUAAAGCAGUCUUCUAUAUAAUGUCAAAUUAAAAUGACUCCAGGAUCAUUGGGCCAGCAAAAUUGUCUUGUUUCAGGUAAAAAGAAGAAUACAUAAAUUUCUUAAUGUGUUUAGCAUAUAACAAAUAUAACGUUUAAAUUCAUUGCUCACAUAAUUGAACUUACUUAUAUGUGUCAGAUAGUCUACACAUAAGUUUUGUCACUUUCUUACAUGAUGUCAAAUGACAAAGACAAAACAUGUGUGUAUGUCUUAACACUUAUCAGAAGGUGGUUAAAUUUGCAUUAGUGUGCUAAUGACGGUAUUGAUCGCCUUUUCUGUGGGAGAAUACUUUGACUUUUAGAGUUUGGUUUUCGCGUCCUAGGCCUUAACUUUGCGGGCUUAGGUCUAGGUCUCUUGGUGUAAUCUUGCCAUUAGUAUUCUAUAAUAUUACGUCCACUCUAUUUAUUACUUGCUCUGCAUUUAUGACAUUGAGCGAGAUGUAAAUAGAUUUGACGUCUACUUAAAAUUCAUUUGUACAUUAGUACGUGUGUAUUGAACCUCAAACAUCUGAAUAGUAUAAAAUCGAGAGACUUGAUUAAAAAUAAAUCCCACUUCUGAUAAUAAUAAAUUCUGAUAAUCUAGCGUUAAUUUAAACGAAAUAUUUAAGACUUGCUUAAUACUAUUAUUUGGAUAUAUAUGAAUUCAAAUGGAAAUGUCCUUUCAUAUAUUAUACUAAUAACUAAUGUAUUAUACGGAGUUUUAUGCAGGCCGGCCAGUGAAAUAAUUUUAUCUAGGUUUAAUGGAUAUUGUAUAUGUAGUAUUGUGACUGACAUUCAUAUUCUAAUAGGAGAUUGUCCAAAAUUAUUUUUUUUUAAACUAUUUUCGAUUAUAAAAAUCUACGAAUUUACUAAUAUUCAUUCUCUCCCAAGAAAUACAACAAUAUUAAGGGCAGAUUGAUGACGUUUUCAAUGCAAUAGUCGAUUUGACGUUUGCUGUCAAUUGUCAUGUCAUAGUUGCUAUAGAGGCGUCAUCUUGAUAUAACUCAAAAACUUGGGUUUUAAUUUUAUUUAUUUCUUUUUAUUUAGUUAGAUUUGUUCACUUAUUUAGAUUUUAAUAAAAUCCUUGUAUUUUUUAAAUUUUAAUGAUACGGGGUACAAGAGUGGACCUGAAAUGGACCAUCUCCUUUUGGUAUGAACUCUCAGAGUUAUCUUCACCAAUGAGAUUGUUGAUAGAUGAUCAAUUAUCACAGUGGUGGAAUACUGACGUCAUAAGUCACGUGUCAACGUCCUGAUUGGUGAAAACUAUACUUUGUUUUUGUGUAGUGUGAUAUAUGUCAGUGAGUGUUGUUGUUAACGUAUACGUAAAACUUGCAAUGAAACAUCAUUGCGGAUUGAGAGCCCGAGAUUUUCAUUACUAAUGAGGUUAUUAAUAAGGCCAAUAGGUUCUAUAGGUUUCACUGAUGGGAUUAAUAAAAGUUGAAAGUGACGUCAUGACUGUCAAAUAUCUUUAAAAAAUGUGUCUUUUGCGUAUCAUUUUGCUGGUUUAAAAGCUCAGCACUGAGAGACAUAUUAAUGUCGUGAAUAUGAGUGUCAGAACCACGGCUUUAGACUGUAAGCUGUCAUUUUAAGAAAAUCAAAGAGAAUUGUAAAUUACUUAUGAGAUAAAUUUAUUGUUAUAUAUAAUGUAAUGAAAUUUGUAAACAACUUAAUGUAAGUGAAUGUGCAAUCUUUUAUUUAUAUAUCAUAUAAUAUAUAAUGAAUAUAUUGUGCGAUAUACGCGUACCAAAAUAACUUCAAUUAUUAUUUAUUAUAUCUAUGGAGAUUACCUAAUCAAACAAAUUUAUGUAUAUUAUGUACAUAUCUCACUGAAUUGGUACAAAAUCUUGUGAGCACAUUUAUUUACAAGUUUUAUAACAUUUAUAAAUAUAAAUUAAUUAAUUAUUAAUUAAUAAAAUUAAUGUAUAGAGAUUUUAAUGUGGAACUCCGAUAUUGCCGCCUCAUUAUAAUUAUUUUAGCAAUUCUAUGUAAGCAGGCCCUUGCAUUGUGUAUUCAUAUAUAUUAAUUUAAUGCAAUGUACUUUUGUUUAUGUAUUUGUUUUGUUGUGAACACUGCCAGUCUGCAUUUUAUGUACAAAGCUGAGAAAGAUCACUUGUCCAACAAUUAUAUAAAAAAAUUGUUUACAAAUUAAGAUGAAACGCAUAAUUAAGUAAUUUUAAUUAUUCUGCUGCAGAUUUCUAUUUAUGUAAUUUUUUACCAUUAUGACUAUAUUAUAUUCUAAAUAUAUAUUUUUUUAUUUUAUAACGAAAUUCAAUUCAAAAUGCUAUGUUUUGAGGGUACUUGUAAAUGUGUAUAUGGCAACAAACGGGAGCCUGGGCUGCAUUCUUGUUUCUUUUACCACAAUAUAUAGCUGCUUCAUAAUUUUAAAACAUUCUACAAUAUAGAUUCUUACUAUUAUAAUGCUAAAGUCCUUUGUUAAAACUUUUGAGUAUUCACAUAGGUUUAAUGACAAUUUAAUUAUGGUGUUGUGGAUAGGUUUAGAAAGUCCCAUUAUUUUUUUAAAUAUGGCGGACUGUGUUUCAUAAUACUCAGGUUGUUUGGCAGAUAUCUGUCUCCCAUGGUUUAAUUUAACUUUAAGGCCCGGCUCUUGUGUGUAGGUACUAGUACUUAAAUCAGGGGUUCCCAACCUAUUACCAUUUGCGCCCACCUUAAGUUACUACGCCCCCCUCCUUAUCCCAACUCAACUACAAAAGACAAAAAAACAAACGAUGAAAACUUUUAUGGACUUUAUUAAUUGUGUACAACACAUAAUAAUGACCAUUGAGUCACCAGACCAGUGAGAACAUUGGUCCUGCACUUUGUUAACCAAUUUAUCAAUUCUAGGCUUCAUGUUGGUCAGUGCACCGCGUGAAUUUUCGACAUGAAGUUUAUUUCUUUGCUUCGUUUUUAUAUCCAACAGCGUCGAAAAAUCCCGUUAACAAAGAUAGGUAGUCGAAAACGGUAAAAGGAUACGCAGUGCUUUCUAGCCGACAACAGGCUAAAUAACAUUAUAUUAUUUUAUCCAAAAUUCAGUCAAUUCCAAUUUUUUUUUUCAAGCCGCGUUUUCGUCACGCCCCCUUUUGGUUUUAAUGCGUUUUCGUCCACGCACUCCUUUAGAUCACCCUACGCCCGCCAUGUGGGGCUCGCUCUACUGGUUGGGAACCUAUGACUUAAAUGGUACCACAUAUGCAUUGUAUGACAAAGUUACCACAAAAACGAUCAGCCAAAAUUUGUAUGUAAUAUCUUGCCUUGCGUACAAAGUGUGGGUCUAAUCAAUGAAUGCCUUUUUGAUUACAUACGUUGGGUGCCAUACACAAUUUUCUAGUUAUAGACGAGUUUAUAUGCUCUGUGUAUGUGGGUAUGAUGUUUUACCAAAACUUGCCGAAUUGGAUUUCGCAAGACUGUAGCGGAUAAGUAUUUUUAAGCCAAUGUUGUUUUUACUUUUAUGACCAAUAAAAAAAAAUAUUAAAUUUAUAAGAGUAGAUUAUAAGAUAAUUCGAGUAAAUAGAAAUACAGUAAGUGAAGAUGUUAGUUGUUAUUUUCUACAUCUUCCUCGUUCUGUGAUCCUUAUGAUUUGUUAUAGUUUCCAACUAGUGAAUAUGUGUAACAAAAAUAAUUGUAUCGUCGUAAAUGCAUGAAAAUGGAUGUAGUGUUGGAAAAUAAAUGUUAUUUUUUGAGA